AUGGCUCUUUUCGCGACGAUCGUCGUUACUUCGCCGUUGUUUUUGCUCCUCAUUGUUCCUUUCAUCGGCUCGGGGAUUGGAUGGCUGCUGCGGAGGAAGACGGAUGGCCGACGCAUACAUCUGAUCAACUUGAUGGAGGAAGAGCACAGGAAAUACUUGCAUCAACACCAGGGCUCUGACAGCACGACUCCCGAUAAACUGGACGCCAAUGGUGAACUUCAGGCCACCCAAGACUGGCAGGGCGUUGUUGGUUUCUUCCACCCCUUCUGCAAUGCUGGAGGUGGCGGAGAGCGUGUUUUAUGGGCUGCCAUCCGGGCGACGCAGGAUCGAUGGCCAAGAGCCAAGUGCUUUGUGUAUACUGGAGACCACGAUGUUCCUAAAGAUGCAAUCAUUGCGAGAGUCAAGAACCGAUUCAAUAUCCAACUGCACGCUCCGACGGUCCAAUUCCUCUACCUCUCCAAGAGAAACUGGGUUCUGGCCUCGAGAUGGCCCGUCUUUACGCUUUUGGGACAGUCUCUGGGCUCAAUAGUCCUGGCCUGGGAUGCCUUUUCGCUGAUGGUACCCGACAUCUUUAUUGAUACCAUGGGCUACGCAUUUGCACUUAGCCUUUCAAAGUUCCUGUUCCGAAGUGUGCCCACCGGCGCCUAUGUGCAUUAUCCGACGAUUUCUACCGAUAUGCUGGAGUCUCUGGACCCCACGUCUUCCCUGGGCUCUCAAGGAGUCAAUGCUGGCAAAGGCACCGGAGCCAGAGGAGCUGUGAAGAAGAUAUACUGGCGACUUUUUGCGGCACUGUACUCUUGGGUUGGGUCCUCCAUCGAUGUUGUCAUGACAAAUUCCACGUGGACUCAAGCCCAUGUGAAGAGCCUAUGGGGCCCAUACCGUCUCGAAAAGGACCGGGAACAUCCCAUCGCAGUUGUCUAUCCUCCCGUGGCCGUCAGCGAAUUCGAACACGAGGUCGAAGUGUCCGCAGCGAGCGAAAAGCAACGAGAGCCGGUCCUCAUCUACAUUGCGCAGUUCCGCCCUGAAAAGAACCACCCGCUUAUUAUCCAAUCCUUUGCUGAUUUCGUCAAGACAAAGACACCCGCCGCAGAAAAGGCACAGCUGGUUCUCAUUGGAAGCGUCCGAGAUGAUUCAGAUUCCAAAAGGGUGUAUAGGCUGCGUCUGAUGGUGAACGAGCUGGGAAUCAAGGACCAUGUACAGUUUCACAUCAAUGCGUCUUGGUCAGAAAUUCUCGAGUGGUCAAGGAAAGCAUCUGUGGGUGUUAACGGCAUGUGGAAUGAGCAUUUCGGAAUUGGCGUUGUGGAGUACCAAGCCGCCGGUUUGAUAUCAGUGGUUCACGACAGUGGCGGUCCCAAGCUGGACAUUGUCACAAAAGUUGACGGCGAACCAACAGGUUUUCAUGCGUCGAAUGCAGCCGAGUUUGCGGCAGGAUACGAAGCAGCACUUUCACUUCCCGACCCUCUUGCCAUGCGCCUGCGUGCGAGGAAAUCAGCAAAGCGAUUUUCCGAGGAGGUGUUUGAAGCGCAGUGGCUGUCGCAGAUGGGUCGUCUGGUGGCGCUUGGAAAGAGAAAGUAG